AACUGCAAUGACAAAUCAACCCCUCUGUUAACGCCGACACAUCCUUUUGUUAGUUUUUAAUAGUCCGUUCAUCGACCUCUCUUUUGCAUCUAAUGUGGCAUUUUUGUGUUAAGAUGGAUGCUGAGAUGGACAAGCUACCUGGACAAGAAUCUCAAGAGUCAAUUACUACUUUUGAGAAAUCUUCCCAUCUGGAUGUGGAUUACCAUUUCGCUUUUCAGUGGACACCGGUGUCGGAGAAGAAACAGCGAGCUGUCCUCUCAGGAUUUCCAUCUAUGUUGCAGUUUAUUAACCUUUAUGGCUAUUUUUCUCAAAAACCCACUUCUAAUUUCUCGCUCAAAACCCCAAAACCCGACACCCAUUACUUGCUAAAGCAAACCGAUGACCAAGAGCAACCCCAAUUUGAAGAAGAAGAAGAAAAGGAAGAACAAGAAAAAGAGGAGAGCGAGCAAAUCCAAGAACAGAGCUUCAACGAGGUGUAUAGUAACCUGAAACAAAACCACAUUAUGAGGGCCAAAUAUGACACCGAACCGACAUCCAAGGAGAUACGCACUAAACUAGCCGGUAGGAUGAGUCAGCGAGCACGAAGUCUGCAUUUGUGCAUUCUGAGGAAGAAGUCAUUGUUGAGUCUCGGCGGCUGGCAACCAGAGGAGGUUGAUGAUAAGGUAAAUUCCAAAGCAGAUGAUUUCAUCAACAGGUUCAAUAAUCAACUGACGUUGCAACGAAUUGAUUCCAUUGUUAGCUUCCAUCCAACAGGUCCACCGUGGAGCAUAAUGCCCACACUUGCAGAGCUUGACAAAGAAGCCAUGCUCGAUGAAUUUCAGAUCUUCAAGGAAUAGUGUUCAAUUUUUUAAAGGACGAAGAGGGGAAGAAGAGAUAGAAGCUAGCAGAAAUAAAACCGUGUUUUCAUUGAUGAUUCAGAGUUUGAUGAAGAAGCCAUGCUCGAUGAAUUGCAAAUUUUAAAGAAACAAUGUUCAAUUUU